AUGGACACCCCUCGAGAAACAUUAAAUAAGGACGCAUGGACGAAAGUCGCCUCUGGAAAAAGGCCUUACACGAGCCCCACACCGAGCCCAACGGCAGAUAGCAGCCCCAAACACCCGAACGCAGGGCCGAGCACGAGCCAACAGCGCCCACCACCUACUACAGCAGUACCCGUUCCAGCCACAAACAGGCUAAACAUCAUACAAAUAAAUGUAAACUCAAUCAUCACGAACGAAAGACGAGUCAGCCUCCUAGACUGCAUUAAAACAUACAAACCCGACAUAUUACUACUUUCCGAGACGAAACUAAACCCACGACACAGAAUUGACUUUCAAAAUUACAGAGUUAUCAGAACAGACAGACCAAACGCUAAACAAGCUGGGGGAACAGCCAUUAUAAUCAAAGAUAAUAUCACAUGCAAACACAUCACCAUAAAUAACACCACAUGUUUCGAAGCAACUGUAAUAGAGCUGAAAUUACAAAACACCGAAAAACUAUUUAUAAUAGCGGGAUAUGCGACGAGUAGCUGCAAAAAAGAAUUUAUGGUCGAGCUCAAACAUCUUUUCCAGCAGCUCGAACUGCACAACCAUAACAAUUAUUACAUAUUAGCAGGUGAUCUGAACGCAAAACACCACGCCUGUGAUAACGCUAUUAACAACAAUAGAGGUAUUGCUUUAAAUAAAUGGAUACAGGAAAACGAAAUUCCCUAUCGAAUUUCACUGUACAAAACAGCAACACCGUCAUUUCCAAAAAGCGGAGCGUUUAUAGAUUUAUGUAUAGCCGAUAGCCGCAUAAAAUUCCAUAACACACCCAAACACAGAUCCCUCAACUCCUUUCCAUACGACAGCGACCACAGAGCAGUCAAAAUCCAAAUCUCCAUCCCGACGAUGAAGACCCUCGAAAUAGACGAAACAGUAGCGCCAAAAAAAUAUAACUUCAACAAAACAGACUGGACACAGUUUAAAAACUUCCUCAUAGAAACGGACGACACGAUCUUACCGAACAACAGAAACCUAACAACGGACGAAAUAGACGAAUACAUUGACAAACUCAGCGACAACAUCAACAAAGCAAUAGAUCACGCAACUCCACAAAUACCAAAAAACCAAAACGCAACCGACAAUGCAUACACAAAACCAACACAUGGGCAAACUACACUCACGAAUAUCAUCAAGCAAAAGACUGACGCACUAAAACAGGAAAUACUACUCCAAGACAAACUUCACAACAAAACGAUAUGUACAUUCGACAAUACCAACACAGCGGACAACCCAGACGAAGAUAGAAUCCCUCCAGACUACUUUUCCUCACACACAAAACUGAAACUGAUACUAAAAAAAUUAAACAAUAAAAAAUUGUCCAGUUUUGACAAUAUCCCGAACAUAGUCCUCAAGAACCUUCCACUCCACUACACAUACAAUUACACAAUCAUAUUUAACAAUUGCCUCAACCUCACGUACUUCCCCACUGCCUGGAAAACAGCAAAACUAAUUGCGAUAAAGAAAAAAGGAAAGGAUGGUAGCAACCCAGUUGACUACCGUCCUAUCAGCCUACUCGCAAACAUCAGCAAAGUAUUCGAAGCAUCAAUCAACAACGCCAUAAGCAAACACUGCGACAAAAAUAACGUUAUCCCAGAAAUGCAAUUUGGGUUCAGACACAAGCAUUCCACAACGCACGCUAUCAGCAAACUCAUGUCGGAUAUCUGCUGGGCCAGAAACGCAGACGAAUGCGUCGGGGCGCUCUUUAUAGACCUACAGAAAGCCUUCGAUACGGUCUGGUGGGAAGGCCUCUUUUUCGAACUAAUAAAGAAGGGAUUCCCACAACAUCUGACCAAAAUGAUCUGGAGCAUGCUUCAUGGAAAAAAAUUCAGAGUGGCGGAAAAAUCAUACGCCUCCACUGAAACCUUUCACAUUAAAAACGGACUCCAACAAGGUACAGUCAACUCCCCCAUCUUCUUUAGUAUAUUUAUAAGUGACUUAUUCAACAUGUACGGACUCAACAACGACCACGACAAAUUCGCAAUAGCCUUCGCGGACGACUUAUUAGUAUACAUAAAAGACAGCAAACCCUCAAAAAUAAAAAUACAGCUACAGGACAUACUUAACAAAAUACAAGACUACCUCCACACGUGGAAACUAAAAAUCAACACAGACAAAUGCGAAACAAUCCUCUUCAGACCUUACAUCUCAAAAAUCUCGAACGCAAACACGGACGUACGGAAACAUACCAAAAACUUCCACCUACAGGACACGCACAACGCACAGACAAAACUACAAAACAAAAACAUAGUACGAUAUCUAGGAGUACACAUAGACUACAGACUAAACUACUACAACCACGUGGACAUACAAAUAGACAAAGCACAAAAAGCCUUCGCCAGUCACAAACGAUUGUUCUAUUCCAAGGAACUAAACACCGAAACAAAAAUCACCUGCUACAAAUCACUAAUACGGCCAAUACUAACGUAUGCCUCACCCAUUUGGUUCAACGUCUCUGCGAGCACAAUGGAAAAACUGAGAGUAAUAGAAAGGAAAUGCCUUAGAGCCUGCCUGGGCAAAUACAGAACACCGGAAUCAAACUACACAAAACUAAUCAGCAACCACAAACUAUACGAAUACGCCAACAUAACCAGAAUAGACUUACACAUACUAAAACUCAUAAGAAACCACUGGGCAAACAUCAGAAACGUAACAAACAAUAGUCUCAUAUACAGCUCCACAUACCCCAACCCACAAUACCACGAAAAGACACGACACACAGGAUACAUCCCACCAGAAGCAUUCACACACCUCGACAGUCAAGGAUACAUACAGGACAAAGACAAUACACCACUCAUCUACCACACCACACGCAAAGCAGACAACAAAAAGAUUCUCUACUCAACGGACAUAAAUGACAACGACACAAACACACGACUCAACUACAACUCUCAAAAAUAG